AGGCGCCGGCGAGCGCGGGAGCGGGCCCGCAGUGCCGAGCAGACGGCACACCGACGCCGCGAGCGUCUGCGCGGACACGCACACAGUGGGACAGGAGCGAGGCUCAAAGCUCUGGUACCUGAGGGAAGGCCGAGCUCCACCCGCACAGCGCUAGGACGGAUCGACACACAACUCCGACGGGCACACGCAGCUGACAGAAAGGGCCCUCACACGCCGCGGCCCGACCCUCGGGCCCACGCAGGUACCCGCAGGACGCCCGGCCGCGCACUCCGCGGACGGAGCAGAGGGGGGGGGGCCUGCGGCUCUGCGCCUGCGCCUGGCGCUCUACGCCUGGGCGCCGGAACCGCCUUCUCCCACUCGGAAGCGCCUCGCUUCCUGCCACGGAACGUCACUUCCUGUUAG